AUGUUCUUCCUCAAGGAAGAGACCAAGGUCAUUUCCCUGCACCCAUCUUACUUUGGACCCAAUGUGCGAGAAUACCUCAUCACCCGGCUCAAUGAGGAGGAAGAAGGACGGUGUACCGGUGAUCACUUCGUGAUCUGUGUGAUGGACAUGGUGGAUAUUGGCGAGGGGCGCGUGAUGCCGUCGAGCGGACACGCUGAAUAUACCAUCAAGUACCGCGCGAUCAUCUGGAAACCCUUCCGCGGCGAGACGGUCGAUGCCAUUGUCACCUCUGUCAAGCCAACGGGUAUCUUCACUCUGGCCGGACCGCUGUCCGUUUUCAUUGCGCGAAAAAAUAUUCCCUCCGACAUCAAGUGGGAGCCCAACACCGUGCCUCCGCAGUAUACUGACCACGCAGACCAAGUGAUCGAGAAAGGAACCAGUCUGCGUCUGAAGAUUCUUGGUGUGAAACCCGACGUGGCGGCCAUCAAUGCCAUUGGCACUAUCAAGGAGGAUUAUCUUGGUCCCCUGUAA